CCCCUCCGCCUCCAAACAAGCGACGAUCUGUUAGCGUCGGGUUGUUUUUUGUGUGCGCACCCCCGGUUAUUUACGGGUUAUCUUUGGUCGAAUGUGUCCGCGGUGGCUUUGUGAUUCACAAACGCAAUGCGGGCCGAGUCGCUCCCUCGCCGGUUAGCGUGCCGAGGCCGGCGCGGGAACUGCUAGCGCCAGCUAGCUUAGCUUAGCUCUGCCGCUCAGGCCUGGGGCACUGUAUUCCCCCCCCCCCCCCGACGCGUAUGCUAGGCUAGCCAGUUCGCAGGUUUUGGCCGGUGCCGGACGAGGCCGACGCGACAAGCGCGGAUAUGGACGAUUUUAGCUCGAUCAGCCUGCUGUCUCUUUCCAUGUUGGUGGGCUGUUACGUCGCCGGGACAAUACCUCUGGCGGUCAACUUUUCGGAGGAGAGACUGAAGCUGGUCACGGUGUUGGGAGCAGGGUUGUUGUGUGGAACCGCGCUGGCUGUCAUCAUUCCUGAAGGUGUACAUGCACUCUACGAAGAAGUACUAGAAGGUGGACACCAUUCCCAUGGACAGGCAGCAGUUGUGGAGGUGUCGGAGGCAAAGGGUGAGGCAGACACAGCCCUGGGUGUAAGCGCUGAACAUGUCCACAGCCACGAGCAGCUGCACGCCUACAUCGGCGUCUCCCUGGUCCUGGGUUUCGUCUUCAUGUUACUGGUUGACCAGAUUGGCAGUUCCCACGUGCACAACAGUGACGAUCCAGAGUCGGCAAGGAUUGCCUCUUCAAAAAUUACCACCACCCUGGGACUUGUAGUUCACGCUGCAGCUGAUGGUGUGGCACUUGGCGCUGCUGCCUCUACCUCACAGACGAGCGUUCAACUCAUAGUCUUUGUGGCCAUCAUGCUGCAUAAGGCCCCAGCGGCAUUUGGCCUGGUAUCUUUUUUAAUGCAUGCCGGGCUGGAGAGGAACCGCAUCCGGAAACAUCUGCUGGUCUUCGCCCUGGCAGCACCGGUUCUCGCCAUGCUCACCUUUCUCGGCCUCAGCCAGAGUAGCAAGGAGGCCCUGUCAGAUGUGAACGCCACCGGUGUGGCCAUGCUGUUCUCCGCCGGCACCUUCCUUUACGUGGCUACCGUCCACGUGCUCCCGGAGGUUGGGGGUGGCGGCCAUAGCCACGCCCCUGCGGGCGGAAAUAACGGGAAGGGACUGACCAAGGUGGAGGUUGGCGCUCUGGUUCUAGGAUGCCUCAUCCCGCUGGUGCUGUCCGUCGGUCACCACCACUAGAUCAGAUCCAGGACCAGGAAGCAGAGGUCACGCAUGGAGGAUUCUCACCCGGAGAGGGUAAACAAAGGUUAUGCAUUUUGGGGAAAGCGGCCAAUCACAGACCGCAAUGGAUCUCGAUGUCUUACUCCCCAUUAUUUCUCGAUGGACUGCUUGGACCAAGCCUACGCCUUUUUGUGGGGACUCCUACUGACAUGGAAGUGAACUAAAAGAGCCGAAAAUAGGCGUGGAUGAUACGGGAGUCGCCACAGCGACGACCCCCCCAUUCUCAGACACCAAAAUACACAAAGGGACGCUCCAUACCUACACUGUUAAUGAGACUACACAAUCAUGUACAACCAUAUAUUGCAAUGGAAAUGUUGGUCCUGUUUUUGUUUUAUUUCUAGAAAGACCUGGGGCGCACCCUGUUGGUAGGGUUUAAACAUCUCAGUGGAGUUUUGCUUCAAUGUCGGGUAAACCAGCCCAUUUAUUGUCCAUAUCAAAGCCCUAAAUUCAUUGCAAUGAUGUUUUAUUUGCUGUAAAUUGCGUAAUGAGAUUUAAAAUAAUUUGGGUGAACUUGUAAGGCAAAGAAAAUGAUUUUUUUGUUAUCAUUGUGUAGCGUGGUGGUCUCUCACCGAUCACCCACGUUCAACACGCAGGCCUGGCUCAGUGUUGAUGUGCCACGGUAGCAAGUUGAACCGGUACCAUGGAGAGACGUUGCCAUGUGGAAAUAAUUGUUAUUGUGGGUAAAAUAUCAUCCAUUAUUUAUUUUUAUUAUCUUUUGACAGCUGCAAGCAGUCAAAUACCGGUCAGUUUGCCUACGAUCCACCCUUUAGAAAUGUCCCCUGUUGUUAAAACAAGAGUUAGCGGUUGAAAUACGGAAAGUGGUUUUGGGGCUGUGGGAUUCUCCGGGCUCUUCUUGCAGAGGGAGCCCAGGUGGGAAGCCGGUGAUGGAUACGAAAGGAGUUUGUGUGCCACUCCCCACACCUCCCUAAGGUUCACGGUCCAGUCAGGUGAAGGCCAGACGCUGCGCCGGGAGGACGUUCUGCCAGCCUCACAGUAACACUAUAUUUCCAGUCCCCUCUGUGUCUUUUUGAACAUGUUGGCUUACUUCUUCUGGUGUAUUUCACCUUAACACUAGUUAGUAACGAGAUUGCAAAGUGACUUGUAUAGAGUUGUCUAAACAAUUUUUAUAUAUACAUAUAUAUAUACAUACAUAUGAGAGAGAGAGAGAAACACACACACACACACACUUAUUGGGGUGGGUGGAGUUGCAACGGAAGCAGAUGGGGACCACCGCUUGUGUGUUGGGCUCAACCGUGGGCGGUCUUGCGGGUCAUUUUGCCCAAGCAACUUGGAAAGAGGCUCGUCCAACCCUUAAGCUCCUUAAGCGCUUUUCGUUGACAUCCAAACCUGAGCAAUAAUCACACAAUUGUCACGGUUUCUGGUUUGAGGCCGUCUUAAACAGUUAGCCAUCGUAGCGGUUGCGACGAGACUCGCGUAUCGCAGUAGGCAAGAAAACCGCCCCUUGGGUGCCGUCAUGCUCAUAGAACCUUUUUUUUUAUAAUGCAUCUUUUGACCUCCACCACCCCGGUACCAUUUAGGAGUAAUAAAUGGGUCUCGUUGAUCAAUUUAAUAUAUAAACUAAACGCACUUCUCUCUCUUCCCUGCAGAGGGCGUGUGCCGACGUUGUGGGUGUUACUGUAACUGUACCUGCUCAGAGCAGACCUCAUGUAUAUGUAUGUAUGUACAUGUAUAGAAUAUCCUUUUCUUCCAUGGGUUGGCUUUACUUACUCGCAAAUACAUGCUCACCACCCCACCCCCCACUCUUUGGUUUUGGACCAGGCUAAAUUGUUCUUUUCUUUACUGAGGGACGGGAGGCAACAGGAAGACGAGCAGUCGUUUCCUGUUGUUGAAAUUUGAACUAAAGGGGUUUCAUGUGAAGUAACUUGCCGCUUCUGUGACGAGAACACUGUUUGAAACCUCCAUAAAUAUAAACACACAGCGGGAUCGGGGAUGGGGGGUGGGGAUGCAUGCAGACCUUAAGCUGCAUGAUACUUUCUCCUUCUCUUUAUUUUUUGCUGUUUUUUUUAAAUGACUGUAUAUUUGUUCAAAAGGGAAAUUUCCCCCAUUAUUUCAGACAGGCCGGUUGUGGUGAAGAGUCGCUCCAAUACCUGGGUUGUCCGUUCGGUGACGAACAAGGAGUGAGAAUCGAUGCUGAAACAUGCUGGUUAACCGUAGGAAACCCAACAGUUAUUAGCGGACAAUCCAGUCACCGUGGAAAAUGGUUUUACACCUGUGAAGAGGUUUUUGGGUAAAUUCAGCAGGCCUGUACAUUUUAAUCAGCAGGCAACGCUCGUUGUAAAUUUCACACCACUCAGUACUGCCCCCUACAGCCGUGGUUUUCAGACUGGUCCCUCGGCACCCGCGGGAGGUCUACUGCUGGUUUUCUUUUCUGCCAUAGUUAAUUUCAUCCAUCUGUUGUGCCAGGCCUAAAAAUGUAAAUAACUGCCCGGUAAGAUAGAAAACCACCAGCACUGGAAAACUGGCAAGUGGUACAGAACUAACAGUCCUACCGAGAGACGGGCCUCUUGUUGAAUCACACCAAUUUUGGAGAAGGGUCAUAAGUCCAAUGCCACGUAGUAUGCCCACCCUCACCAUGUCACUUAUUCUGACAGAUUUCAGCAUUUAAUGGACUUAUUCAGGGGGUUCGCUUCAAAAAGGAGUUUUUGGGGCAGGAAGGCUAAACCGGGUAGGGAUUUGUUUCUUUCUUUUUUUUAUUCAUGAUACUUUGGGGGUCGGGGGGGGGGGCAGGUUGUCUUUUCAUUCCAUAUGGAGUUUGCCUUAUUUCCAUCUUUUGAUUGUGAAAAACAGUCGUAAAGUAAAGCGGUGUUUUAUGAC